GUUGACUUAAAGCCGGCCACAGAGCAGCGGCUUCAGUCGGCUUGUUUUUAAUGCGUCGCGUCUCUUCGACGCCAUUUCCAACGAGUUCGACACCAUUUCUAACGCGUUCAUUCUUGAUUUACUAACAUAAAAAACAGUUGAAUGUGUAUCCUGAAUUAAAUUAACGCCGCGGAUCACGGUUAUGUACAUAUAUUUUGCCUCAAAUAGGCCUGAGGUUUCCUUUGCGCUGUUUAAUGUUGACGUGUAUGACCCCGUGCCACCAGUGCUAGUUGCUUGGUUAUUUUUGGCCGGGCGGCUGAAUCGGUUUUGGCAGGGCGGUUGAACCGAGUGACAGACAGACAGAUAGUUUUUCGCGUUUAGUUAGCCCAAGAAAGACUAUCGUCUUUAAAAGUGUAUGUCCGUGUGUCCUUCGGGAUGAGCGCCGUCACCGCUCAAGAGAAAUAAAACUUGCUCAUACCUUUGAUCUAAAUUCUGUGUCACCUCUAUGUCAUUCGCUAAACUGCUUCGCUGGUAAUCCACCUUCACAGCAUUGGAACGGAUCAUGAUUCUUACUAUUUUUUCUCUUUUUCUACUCAUGACCAUGCGCUUUGAUCUUUAUUGUUCUUCGCCGAAGUUUUCACUUGAACAUGCAGGCAGCAGCUUGGUGUGCGGUUCUUAGCGGACUUCGCUAACAUCAUCGAAAGACACCGCAGCAAUGCUGAAUGCCGAAAAAUGAAAAUAAGGCACGAGGAGAGGCUUAGGGACGGGGGAUGGGGAUUGCGCGUUUUGAGAACGCAGUGGUUGAGGUGAGAAAUAAUCUUUAGCACCCGCGCGUUUCACGGUGGCUUCGCCUAUGUUUUGUUUGUUGCUCUUAGUUACAGGAAUCCUCAAUGGCUGCUUUUUCCCCUCAUUAUUCCUUUUCUGUUUCUAACGCGCUUGAGUUCUUGCUCGUCAAGAGCCAACCGGAACCGAAGAAGAAGAAGCACAUUGCGCUCACGUGUAGGCGCGGGAGCCGCGUGUUCGCACGUUGCUUCACGCGUUCGCAUGACCGACGAUCCUCGGAUUCGAAUCACGCCGGAUCAGACCUGUCUGCUAGCUCGCCGUCCAGCGCCGUGCCUUGAAGCUGAAUCCCCCGCUGUGCUGGUCGCGACGCACGGGUCGGCCGUCGCAUCUUGCGAGCGUUCGUGGAACGUCCGGACCCAAACACGGAGGCGGCGCCAGCACUGGGUACAGUUGGCCAUGAAUCCCCCCAGGUCUACGCAGCCUGGAACAAGACUUCUCGCGCCCAGGAUGGUACUGGGUGGCGCAGUACGACAACCACGUAGCAUCCAGCCUCUCCUAGCCAGACCGGCACCAUUGCGUGCCGGCAUCGUUCAACCAAACGCCGUUGCAUUACAGACGGGUGUCAUACCGGGCGCAGUCGUGUUCAAGACUGAGGACGGUCAGCUUCAAGUUGUCAACGUGCAUCCCAGCAGCGUGCAACCCGUGUCACCCGGUCCAGUUGGAAGCCGAGGACAAUUUCGGGUGCCUGCCCCUCCAGGCCCCGCACCGGUACAGCAGCCACAGCGGCUGGUGCAGCAGAUACCGGCCAGGUACACGGCCGCAGCUGCGAACAUCAGGAAUAGGCCUCCCGGCGUGGCACUAACAUCAGGAGGCAUCGUCUGCGUCUCGCAGGCGCAAGUCAUGACACCGCCUCAGUCCUUGGGCGUCAAAAUAGUGCCCGCCCCCACCGUUUCCUCUGUCACCCAACAGCUGGCCAUACAGACUGCUCCCAUGACGGUCGGCGGUCAUGAUGCUGCCAGCGUUGUGCCCCAAAUGUCCCCGGACACGGCCAAGAAAAAGUGCAGAAACUUUUUCUCGACACUUAUUCGCCUCGCCAGCGACCAGCCUGAGAACACGGCCGCGAACGUAAAGCGCCUGAUUCAGGGACUCGUCGACGACACGAUGCAACCCGAAGAGUUCACUACCAAGUUAGAGAAAGAACUAAGCUCUAACCCACAACCGUGCCUGAUUCCAUUUUUACGCAAGAGUCUUCCUUUACUGAGGCACGCAAUGCUGACAAACGAACUCUCCAUCGAUGGCAUUCGUCCUCCACCGCGCAGCGCCCUCUGCAUACCGACGCAUUCCCCUCCUAUCGCGCGUAGCCUGCAGAAGACCGCCGCAGCCAGGGCGUUGUUGCCACGUACCGCAGCCGCGCAGCUUCAGAUGAUCCCCCAGAGCGCUCUAGCAGCCGCUCAAAUGGCCGGUCCCGUCGAUCUGCAGGGCCUGCUCAUCCAGCAACAAAGGCUCACAGCAUCCGUCCGUGCAGCGCCCGGCGGCAUCGUCGCACCAGGAGGCGGCAAGAGCCUGCUGUUGGCCAGGCCUCCCAACUUCGUCGCCGCUCUUCCGCCUACCACUGGCGGCGUCUUACCUUUCAAGGUGCCGGCUCCCGUGUCGACGGCGCCGCAGCCGAAGGGCUCCCUCUCCGCAUCGACCGGAAGCAUUGGCGGCGGCGGAGGGGCAAGCACAGCAAAAGAAAAGCGAUCCGCGGGGCCAGCGUUGAUUGACGAGGACAUCAAUGACGUCGCCACCAUGGGAGGUGUCAACGUGGCCGAGGAGAGUCAGACGAUCCUCUCUACCGGCACUGGCGACGACGGCUCUGAGGUACAAGCGCGCUCUUGCAAGGACGAAAACUUCCUCUUCACCGCCGCGCUGCACAAGAGGAUCAGUGCCCUGGCCGCCGUCCACGGCAUCGACGAGGUGCCGGACGACGUCGUCGCCCUAGUGUCCCACGCGACCCAGGAGCGCCUGAAGACGUUCAUCGAGAAGCUUAGCGUGAUCGCCGAGCACCGGCAGGAGAACGCUCGCAGCGAUCCGCGCUGCGAGGUCACGCAGGACGUCCGCCAGCAGCUGCGCUUUCUGGAAGAACUGGAGCGGGCCGAGAAGCGGCGGCACGAGGAAGAGGAGCGCGAAAUGCUGCUCAGGGCGGCGCGGAGCCGAUUGAGGGCCGAGGACCCCGAGCACCUGAAGCUGAAGCAGCGAGCUCGAGACAUGCAGAGGGCCGAGAUGGAAGAGGCGAGGCAACGCGAGGCCAACGUGACAGCGCUUCUUGCCAUCGGAAACCGUAAGCGGCCCAUGCCUGUCGCGGCCCCGGGUGCAGUGCCUGGGAAGCAGCCGACCCCUUACAUUACUCAUGUGUACAGGCCUCGACUGAAGCGGGUCAGCACGCGAGACGUGCUGUUCCUCAUGGAGCAAGAACGGAACAAGUUCCACCGCGAGUUCAUCUACAAGGCGUACAUGAAGUUCUGAACAGACUUUCAUUGCACCUUUUGUCAUCAAGUGACUUCUGUGCAUGCAUUUGGCAUGCAC